AGAUGAGUCCCCCAUGAGGAGCUGCAGGACCUUGUCUGACCGCAGCCUCAUGGAGGGGUCUCAUCCCAUGGAAAGGGGUCCUCAGCACUCCAGAGGACUGAAACCCCAAUGGGUCCUGCUCAGGCCACCAGCCCCAGCCUGGAAAGGCCAGGUCCUCCCACAUCUGCUGUCCCCAAAGAAAUCCUUCGGGCUCACCCUGCGACUGUGGGAUGUGCUUAUCUUGGAGGGCGAGCAGGUACUGACAGCCAUGGCGCAUGCAUCAUUCAAAAUACACAGGGAGUGCCUCAUGAAGCUUUCCUGGAGCACCGUCUGGGAGUUUCAGGAGCGACUCUCUCAGAGCUGGGCCCUGGAGGACAACACGGUCCUCAGGAACCUUCAAACCUCUAUGAAGGAACUCACAAAAAAACAAUGGGACCUGCCACCCCCAGGAGAACUCGAGCGAGGGUCCUCGAGGUUGUCUCCUGGCAUUAGGCCCCUCUGUGAGGGAGACAGAUUGGCCCUGCCCAGCCCACCAGCUCAGCUCCAGGGGCUCAUGCCAUCAGCCCCCCAGGACAAAAGCCUUGUCCUCCCCCAGCCUGGCCUGACAGGGUUGUCUCCAUGGCGGAGGCCAAGGCCCAGCAGCACGAAGGGGCUUCCCCAGAACCCAGGGCAGCAGGCUGCUCUCUGGGUGGCCCAGAGGAUCAAGAUGUGGCCACCCUGUUUCCCGGUGAGGUCAGGCCUCGUAUUACAUAAAAAUACCUGUGCUGGGACUCUAUGCCACACCUCCACACAGACCUGGAUGCUGGGAUCCAUGGUUUCCUUACUACAAUUUUGAACAGGGCUACUGGGCCCCUGUCACUUCAACAUGUUACCUGGACAGCCCUGCAACCACAGGACGGGCCUGGCCCAGCAAGCCCACUGGGACCCCGACACCAGGCCCUGCCCAGGCUUAUGACAGAGGAGGCAGGUCAGGAGACACCCCAGCAACAAGGCAGCACCUGCCUGCGAUGCCCCUCAGUAGAAGAACGUGGCAUGGAAGGAGCCCAGGUGGCACACGCCCAGCUGCGUCGCAGCCCCAGAUGGCUGCUCGACCUUGGUUCUGGGCUUUGGAAAAUCCCAUUCAGGGAGGCUUGGUCCCAUCAAGGCCUCUGGAGGGAAGGCUAAGCAUAGGGUUCCUGCAGCCCCAGCCAGCCAGCCAGCCAGCAGCAUGCCCUGGGGCCUCUGACCCCACCUGUGAGUCCCAGGCCCAGAGGUCCCCGGCUUCAACUCGAGUCCUAGGAGGAGAGAGGCACCAGAGGCACCACGGGCUCCCAGGGUGACCACAGAGGGGACCAGGGCACUGUGAGCCCUCAUGCUGUAAGGAUUCACAUCAGAGAACCUGGGCAAGACGGGAGCCCGUGCAGUAAUGAGGAUGUGGAGGGCUGGUUCAAUGGGGCCAACAGCUGUGAACACUGCUGCCUCUUCCCAGCCUCAUCACUGCAGUGCAGGCAGUCUGAUCUCUGGAGCCCAGCCCAAAAGUGUCCUGAGUGCCCCGGCUUCACAUGCCAAUACGCCACCUGGAGGCUUCAAGGCCCUGCCUGCUGCACGCCUGCCUCACCAUUGCUGAGCACCCCAUCUGAUGAUGAGAGACUUGCUGUGGAUUCCUGGGCCGGCACCAUUUCCCAGGAGGACCAGCGGGCUGCCUGUGGGCAGGCCGCCCACACUGUGGAGGGGGCUGAGAUCAGCCUUCACUGUAGGAAGCCCCUACCUGGACACAGACUUGCCGGCUCUACCUAUCGCCACCAUGGCAGCCUAUAUGGCAUUACUUGUGACCAGGGCGCCCCAUCCAGGUCGGUCUGCCCUGGCUGCUGUUUUCCCUCCUGCCACCCUCUCUUUGACUGCUUGUGUCAAUAAAAGGAGAA